AUGUCAGAUGCACCAAACGCCCAGCAAAGCGAGAGCGGCGUCAUCUCGCUCGACAGCUACCCUUCAAGCGCUCGAAUGAAGCUCAGAGCAGCCGCAGCGACGGUCUCCUCGACGAGGUACCUGUCCGACCAAGCCAACUCUCGCUCGGGCUUCUCCCUGCGAGCUCGGGCCAAAGACUGGCUCGACAGGGUCGCGACCGCUCCAGAGGAGCCCACUGUAGUACCCUCCGAUGGCCUCAUGCGACCCGUCACGGGCUCUCGCCGCUCGUCCGCUCUCGGCUUCAGCAGACGGCGAGUCGACGUGCUCCAUCAAGAACAAUGUGUCUGCUUUCCAGGCUGGGCCGUACAUAGACAGCACAAAUCGGGUCGGCGGUACAUCGAGCUCUCCCUGUCUGGCUUUGUCUCUCGCCAUCGUCCGAUCGAGGAAGCCUCCAAGUCUCAGCGACUGUUUGCAGCCAUGGCGAAACAAUUCAUCAGCUUGCCAAGGCUGCCCAGACCUUCGUCUGCAGCGGCUUCGACAUCGUCGCUCCUCUCUGUGCCUGCUACCGACACCGGUUCUCAAGACAGUGCCCCUGCUUCGCUCUCAAGUCGAGAUGCGAGCUCUGAAGACCUCUUGGCCGAAGCGGAGCACGCAGUCGAAGCGCCCGCCGUGACACCAGAGACGAGCUGGCUGCCCACUACCGAUCAGGCUGCCGAUGCUGCAGCGCAAACAUCAUCGCCAUCACGCCAGAGGCCUUCUCGGCCGUUUGCCACGCCUACAAGGGCGUCCACGCUGCCUUUACCAACGAGUCAGCCCAAGCAGGCUCCGCCAGCAUCUCGAGAUGAUGACGCACUGGCUCUCCUGCGGCAAGCGCACGCGAAUUUGGACGAGCGUCUCGCACCCUUCUUUGGCGAAAAGCUCGCUGCUCGCCAAGUCAGAGUUCGAGUGUUUGCAGACAAUCCAGAGCGAAGCUGUCUCGCGCAAGGCAUCUUGCAGACCGAGCUCGGAGGAGGCUAUGCCCAAACGCUCGAGAUUGAUCACGUCGACGUCCGGUAUCUCGAAGUCGUUGUCACGCUGCUGCCCCUUGACGGCGAGUCGUCUGCCGACGGUGCCAGCGAUACCGCCACGAUCGCUGUCUCAAGCGAGGACGCGCCCCGGAUAGUCUCUGACAUCGACGACACUUGCCUGGAAGCCAACAUCAUGGGUGGACUGCGCUCAGUCUUCCGCAACAUCUUCGUCAAGGAUCUCCGCGAGCGCACCAUCGCAGGCAUGUCAGCGUGGUACCAGGCCAUGCACAAAGCCGAUGCACAUUUUCACUAUGUCAGUAACGGGCCUUGGGAGGUUUUCCGCAUCGUGCAAUCGGCGCUAGCAGCCACAUCCUUACCGCCAGGACAGGUCAAGCUAAGAGAAUACCGCAAAGGCUCCAUCUUGUCGGGAUUCAUGGAGCCUGCUAGCACCAGGAAACGCGGACCGGUCGAGCAAAUCCUGCAAUCUUUUCCGGCAAGCCGGUUCAUCCUCAUUGGCGACGGGGGAGAGGGCGAUCUUGAGACGUACGUCGCGCUUGCGGGCGUUUAUCCAGAGCAAGUAGUUGCCAUAUUCAUCCGCGACGUUCUCUCCGCGCAAUCGCCACUCGCGAAUGCUACUGCGAUGCAUUCGGAUAGCGACCUCUUGCGUUUGCCCGACACGACUCUCUCCGGUCGCUCUUCGCGCUCAUCAUUUGUAUCGGAAACGCUACGGGAUCUCACAGAGCUAGAGUAUGACUCCAAACUGCACGAUGACGCAAACUCGGAUCCACUGAGCCCGAACAAUCCUUUGCGCGACCUCUCACUUUCCGAUAGGCCUUCAGCAUUCGACACAGCCGGCAAGGCACCCCAGGCACAGGCUGAGCUUACGCAGGCCCAGAGACGUCAGCUUGACGCCUUUUACGUCCGCGUUGCGGAUGCAGAAGCAGCGCUCCCCGACGGGGUAAUCUUGCGCAUCUUCCGCAGCGGCGAAGAAUGCCUGGAGGAAGGCGUUGGUCUGGUACACGUCGCUAGAUCGCGUGCAGCUCGAGCGAAUGCGGACAGCAAGGCAUAG